AUGCUGCACGCCGUUAUGCUAGGUAGCGGUCCAGGACGGGGGAGACGCGAGUGGUAUCCAGGAUUUUAUCUCCAACGUCGUCGUCUCGGCUGUAGAAUGAAUCGUGGCGAGCAGGAGACUCUUUUCCGGCAAAGCCGACAGAUCACGCGGAUCGUACCUUCUCGCGAGGACCUCGUUUUGAGUGUUCUCAAGUCGCCAAUUAAUCAACAGCAGCAACAGCAACGACAUCAGUAUCCAUAUCAGUCGCAUGCCCAGGGUCACUUUAACUGCCAAGGUCAUCCAAACAAUAAGUGCAGUCAUUUAGGUGACAACGAGAGUCUUCCACGAAGCAAGGACCAAUGCUCUAGGCACGCCGAAAAGCGAUGCAGCGCCGCAACCGCCUACGCUGCCCUUCAGGGUAGCGAGGACGAGCUCGUGGCCGAGCAGAGUCUCGAGGCGGAAGACACCGCGUUGAAGACGCCCGGCAGUGAGACCGAGGACACCGAAGACAACGGCGCGAAUGCGGAGGAAUCGCAUUCACCCGCGCAUCGUUUCACUUUCUUACGUCGCUUCCGUUCACCACGCUUCGGCGAGGCGCACCACAAGCGGGUGCCGACGCCCAUGAAGCGGAAAUACCGUCGUAAAAAGAGCAAGGAGGACAUCAUUGAUAAUGACGUGGCUGGCGCCGAGGAGGAACCGCCGAGUCCUGAUCAGACCGGCAUGCCCGAUCCUUACUACCCGAUCUAUUUGCCGAUCGAUCAAGCCUUCAAGGCCAAGUACGUGUUCCAUCAUAAGAGGGGCAAGACUUUUCAGGAGCGCCUCUACGUAUUCCUCGAACAUCCCGGUGGUUGGCUGUGUUUUGUCUACCAUUUCGCUGUGUUCAUGGUGGUAUUGGUGUGCCUCAUAUUUAGCGUUUUGUCAACGAUAGAUCAAUACAGUAACUUCGCAAAUGAAACUCUGUUUUGGAUGGAAAUAUGUCUCGUGGUAUUCUUCGGAGUUGAAUAUCUAGUUAGACUAUGGAGCGCGGGUUGCAGGUCGAAGUAUAUGGGCUGUUGUGGACGGCUACGAUUCAUACGGAAACCGAUUUGUAUCAUAGAUUUAAUUGUCGUAGUAGCGUCCAUGGUAGUCUUGUCGGUAGGAAGCAAUGGUCAAGUAUUCGCCACUUCCGCCAUCAGAGGCAUUCGGUUUUUGCAAAUUCUGCGAAUGCUUCACGUCGAUCGUCAAGGUGGCACGUGGCGACUUCUAGGUUCAGUGGUUUUCAUACAUCGUCAGGAGUUGAUUACAACACUAUACAUUGGGUUCCUAGGCCUCAUUUUCAGCAGCUAUUUCGUAUAUCUUGCCGAAAAAGAUGCAGUUGGACCUGACGGCAAAACAGACUUCGCGAGUUACGCCGAUGCACUUUGGUGGGGAGUGAUCACAGUAACAACGAUAGGUUACGGUGAUACAGUCCCGCAAACAUGGAUGGGAAAAAUAGUGGCGUCGUGUUUCAGCGUGUUCGCCAUAUCCUUUUUCGCACUUCCAGCAGGUAUUUUGGGUUCCGGUUUCGCACUGAAGGUACAACAGAAGCAACGGCAAAAGCACUUCAAUCGGCAAAUACCAGCUGCCGCGAUGUUGAUACAGUGUUUGUGGAGGUGUUACGCCGCCGAUAAGGCCAUCAAUAGUGUCGCUACGUGGAAUAUCUACAUCAAGGACCCGUCGCCGGCCGGUCAACCGUCGACGCCCUUGGGCAAGUUGAUUUGUGUAAAGAAGAUGUCUCUGAUGAUCCAGGUGGCAAAGAAGGCGAAUGUGCUGAAGAGGCGGAAGUCACGGAACCGGAUGGAGGUCCAGCAGCAACAACAGCCGACUCUGCCGCCCGUCACGAUCUCGGGCGGCAUAUCAGCCGGUGCUGGGACUGGUCAGAAUGACAAUCAACGUCUCGAGAACGAGGGCGACGUGGUUUUUUAUAUGGAGGAACCUAAGGUGGGCACGCCGAAUCGUGCCAGACGUGACAAUCGGGGAAGUCUCUUCACCUCGCAGACGAGUUCAGUGACGGAGGCGACCAGCGACGAAAUUGAUAUCGACAUCGAAGAACCGCAGAGAGUAACCACAUUGACAGAGGCACAUCGGAAUGCUAUUCGGGCAAUCAGGAAGAUCAAGUACUUCGUGGCUCGCAGAAAGUUUCAACAGGCUCGGAAACCGUACGAUGUUCGUGACGUCAUCGAGCAAUACAGUCAAGGUCAUCUAAACAUGAUGGUGCGGAUUAAGGAGUUGCAGAGGAGAUUGGAUCAGACCCUGGGUAAACCGGGGAGCUACCUGGCGGGAAUCGACCGGGCAGGCAACGUAAAACCCAUGACGAUUGGCGCACGUUUGUAUCGAGUGGAGCAGCAGCUAUCUGUGAUGGACAAAAAACUGGAUCAAUUGGUGCAUGUAUUAAAUGCGUUGGCGCAGAAGCAGCAGAUACCCCUGCGGAGUAUAGAGGACGAUGUGUAA